AUGGCUCCCAACGACGGCAAGGUAACUGUUGCUGAAAUCACGAAGCAUUCAUCCGCCCAAGACUGCUGGGUUGUGGUCAAUGGCAAAGUCUAUGAUCUGAGUGAGUAUGACAGAUUUUUAAACGCGAUGUCCGAAUGGUUGACAAUCUUUCGUAGCCAAGUUCGCACCAAAUCAUCCAGGCGGCGCCUAUAGUGAGUCGAUAUGUCCUUCGUAAUAUCGUCCGCCUUCUUGACGUGCAAGACAGUGAUUCACAAAUGGGCUGGGAAAGACGGCUCAGAAACUUACAACCAAUUUCACUCCUCCACCCUGAUCGAAGAUGAGCUCUCACCCGAAGAGAAACUGGGCGACCUGGACGAAUCGACGGUGACAGAUACCUGGAUCGAAGCCCAGAAACGAGAAACAACGCAGAAGGAGGCAGAUCCUAACGAGAAGCCUCCACUGUCAACACUCAUUAACCUCGACGACUUCGAGCGCGCAUUCGAGAAGUCUGGUUCCGAGAAAGCAUGGGUUUACAUCUGGGCUGGAUCGAAUGACCUGUUGUCUCUCUCCGCAAACAAGCAAGCCUGGCAUCGUCUCUGGUUCCGUCCGAGAAUCAUGCGCAAUGUUUCAGCCGUGGAUACCAAAACGAAGAUGAUGGGCGCCGAUGUCUCCAUGCCAGUCUACAUUUGCCCGAUGGGAAUAGCCAAAACUGCCGGUCCACAAGGUGAAGCGGCGCUCGGCUCUGGGGCAGCAGGAUCCGGAAUCGUGCAUUGCAUGUCGACCACAGCCAGUAUGAGCGUCGAAGAGAUACUGGCUAGUGUCCCGCCGACUUAUCCUUACUUCUUCCAGCUUUACGUUGAUCGGAACAGGGCGAAGACGGAGGCUACACUCGCGAAGAUUGAGGGAUACUCGAACAUCAAAGCCAUCUUCGUUACGGUGGACUUGGCUGUUGUCUCCAAGCGAGAAGCUGAUGAACGUCUCAUCGUCCAGGAAACAGUAUCAGUCUAUUCUGGCGAGCAGAAGUCGAAUGUGGACAAGAAAGGCGGCGGUCUAGCCAGAACAACAGGGUCCUUCAUCGAUUGGGCUCUCAGUUGGGAGGAUAUACCAUGGCUUCGAAAGCACACCAGCAAACCCAUUGUGAUCAAAGGAAUCCAAUCCGCUGCAGAUGCCAAGAUCGCCAUGGAGAUGGGAUGUGAAGGCAUCGUGAUUUCCAACCAUGGUGGCCGAGCCCUGGACAAUUCUCCAGCGACACUUCUCAUCCUUCUGGAGUUGAGAAGGGAUUGUCCCAAGGUCUUCUCCAGGAUGGAAGUCUACAUCGACGGCGGAGUCCGUCGUGGCUCCGAUGUCCUGAAAGCGGUCCUUCUCGGAGCUAGAGGCGUCGGCGUCGGCAGGCCAUUCCAGUGCGCUGUGUUGUACGAUAAAGAGGGCGUAGAACAUGCUGCUAGUAGUAAGUGUUUAUCCACAUCCCUUAUCAGGAGACUGAAUAUGCUGACGGAGUUGUCGUUCUAGUCCUCCAAGACGAACUCGAGACCGCUAUGCGCCUCUCGGGGAUCACAUCCUUGGACGCGGUGCGUGGGAAAUUCGAUGAACACUUGAAUACCGUGGAACUGGAAGCGAGUCUGCCGUCUGUUCCAAAGUGGAGGUGGGCUUCGUGGUUGAAUCUGUUUGGAAGUAGACAGUCGAAGUUGUAG